AUGUCUACAUCGGUCAAACGUGCUUGUGAUGCAUGCCAUCGUCGCAAGGUGAAGUGUGACGGCAUCAAUCCGUGUCGUAACUGUUCAUCUGCUCAACUCUCGUGUACAUACAACGCUAUUCCACAAAAGAAAGGACCAAAGGGUUCUCGGGCCAAGGUUAUUAGUGAGCUCCGAGAGACGCAACGCCAGUCUAGUCUUUCAUCUAAAGUUACUAGCCGUAUAACGGGCGUGUGCCCAGUGACGUACAAUGCUUCAUUGGCGCCGACUCCAGGUCUCUUGACAAAUGAUCUUAUCAGAGACUGUGUGGAUUUUUUUUUUACCAACAUGUAUCCCACUUUGCCGAUACUACACCGUGGGAGACUUGAACAGCAGAUCUUAUACGCCGAGAAGAACGUCGAUACAUACUGUCUCCUUACCUCACUAUGUGCUUUCAUGAUGAUUCAACCAGGAAUGGGCAUCCCGGGCGCUCCGCUGCGAGCAGAAAACCUCCCGGACGCAAAUCUUGUCUCGGGAAAUCUACUGAUGCAGGAGACAUUAAGGAUCCGAAAGAGCUACGAUUAUCUCGAGGUUCCAACUCUCAACAGUUUGGCAACGAGCUUCUUCCUUUUCGGCUGCUACUUCGGACUUAAUCUUCACAACAAUGCCUGGUUCCAUCUACGGGAAGCUACAACUUUGGCGCAUGUGAAUGGGCUGCAGAAAGAAGAGACUUACUCUCAAUUUGAUGUAGCUGAUGCAUCGAGGCGACGAAGACUUUACUGGCUCUUAUUCGUAACUGAAAGAGCAUACGCGCUCCAGCGACAUAGACCUUUAUCGUUACAAGCAACAAUUAGCCCCCCAUCACAGAACGACGAUCCAACCGAUCCUCAAGCGUGCCACCUAAACGGGUUUAUUGAUCUUGUCAGCCUAUUCCUUCCAUUCGAUGAGGCCUUGGUCACUUUGUGGAACAAGACCAGCACAGAAUGUUCAACCAACUAUCUCGCUGCACUUCAAAAGGACCUUGCCGAUGCGUUACCUGCAUAUCUUACUUCAAAUGAGAACCAAACGGCUGAUCUUCGCACCAGUCAGCAGUGGCUUCGGACAAUGGUCUGGCAGCUUAGUAUGCAAAAUGGUUGCCUAUCAUCGGCUCACGAGGAACCUAGUAUGACAUUUCAAUACCCCGUCGACAUAUCCCGUGAUCUCAUUUCGAUGACUUCACAAUUUUCUCAUCAGAGUAUGGAUAUUCAUGGUAUAGGACUUAUUGAAAAGUUAUUCGACAUCGCCUGCUCCUUGACCGAUGUUCUUACCCUGCUCCCGCCAAAUCUAUAUUCAUUUACCCUUGGGCCACAGGACUACCUUCAUGAUUUCAUUGGACUGUUGGCCGUUCUACGUCAUGGUAACCACCGAUUUCUACCUCUUUUAUUGGCCAAGGUCAAUGACGUCCUACCAAGACUCGUCAACCCUAUGCUACGUGCUGUUCCGGAUCCACCACCAGACAUGUGUAAUGAAAUUGAUGUCUUUGAUGGCUAUGAUACUGCAGGCGGGAGCAUUACUAUGGCGAGUCGCUUCCCAGAAUAUGCGGGCGAUGUUAAUAGCGGGAGCCCGGAGUUUAAGGUUGAGCCGGGUGAUUAUGAAGGAACAAAUGUGGGCCAUGGACUGCCAGCAUUUGAGCAACAAAACAUGGACGAACUUGGCUCACCUGUUUCCUCGUCUCUUGGUGGUACGAGUAGCAGCAGUGAGCACGGGGCUACUUCCUACAGCGUCGACGUGCGCAGCCCGGUUGAAUAUCCUUAUUCCUUACAAGAAGUUGGAAGUCGAUCAAGCUCUUAUUUGGAUGAGUUGCCGGGAAGUAAGAGCGAGUACAACCGGGCUGUAGAAACGUUCAAGCGACCGAUCUUGCGUUCGUGUAGCGGCAGUCCCACUAUCGGAGCUAAUACCGGGAGCUCGGGCGGCAAUAGUGUCAGUAGUGGCAGUAGUGGGAGCAGUGCCACCACAUGUGCGAUAAGCGUCGGGCCCAGUGCUGCAACACCUACUGUAGCUGGAGGCAAUGGGCCGGUAAGCAAUGGCUUCGCCAUGCAAAUACCUCGCAGUGUCCCAAAACAAGUCUACCCCAUGGCUCGUUCGUUAAGCUCGACGUGUGGCGGAGAGGCGUCGCUACGGUGA